AUGAUUUCUCGAAUGUCUGUGAGAACACAUACCAAUGUGGAGGCCUUAACAAAGCAGGACUCUGUAAAUAUGAUGAAAAAUAUAAUUAAAUUGGGAAUAAGUUUGGUUACAUAUUUACGCAAUUUAUUUGAAGAAAAAGCUUAUGAAGAAGUUUGUAUACAAGAGUUAAAAUUAAAAAGGUUAUUACCAAUUAAUUCAGAAUCACACAUGAUAAUAAAUUGGCUAGAAAAAGGGGUUUUUGAUGCAAUAGAAAAGGAAUAUCUUCGUAUAUUAAUUCUUGAUAUAAACGAUAUAUAUGAUAAUACGCUUGAGUGCUAUAAAUUUAGUUUUUCUUAUAACACAGCAAAGGGAGGAGAAAUAGACAUAACAUUAGAAACGUCAGCAAAUAACGAUCCAAAUAACCUCGGAAACAAUACGACUACUACUGCUAAUAAUAAUAAUAAUAAUAAUAAUAAUAAUAAUAAUAAUAAUGAUAACGGUGCGAUGGAAUAUAGUGGGCUUAUGGAAGAAAGACGAAAAAAUUACAAUUUGAAUCGAUUACAAAAUAUAAAGGAUAGGCUACUAAAUAAAAAUGGGGCGAAACAAAAAAAAGAACCAUCUUUAUUAUUAAAAAAAAAUGCAAAAGAAAAAACAUACGAAUUAUUACGAUCAUUAGUUUUAUUAACACAAACAUUAAGCCCUUUACCUGAAAAAACAUAUUUAUCUAUGAAGCUACUGUAUUAUGAUGAAAUUGUUCCAUAUAAUUAUCAACCUCCUUAUUUUAGAAAUCCAGGGAAUAGAGAUUUAUUAAAAUUUAUGAGCAUGCCUAAAGAAAAUUUUGUUGGGAAAAUCGAUACAGGGCAUCAUUUUUUAUCUAUUAUUGUUAAUUCAACUUGCAAUAAUUCAACCCAAGAAAAUAGUGCAUAUGAGUAUUAUAGCAAUUCUAAUAAAAUGGAAUCAAAUACAAAUGUAAAAGAUAUGCACAAUGAAUAUAACCAAAAUAAUGCUAUCGAUAAUCAUGCCGAUAACUACGCAACUAAUUUAGGCACACAUUUAUCUAAUAAUUAUAAUAGGAAUAUAAAUAAAGGAUAUACUGAUGAUGCAUUUCAUAGUUAUCAUCAUAAAUACUGUAAUAGUACUUACAGUAAAUAUUAUAAUAGUUGUAUAAAUAAAUAUUAUGGAAAUUAUACUAAUAUACAUAAAACUAAUGGGUAUGAAUCUGAACAAAGUAAAUGUUGCUCACUAUUUCAUGACGAAGAACAAUAUGAAUAUUUAAAAAAUUAUUUGAAAAAAUGUAAACGUAAUGAUGAUAAAAAUGAUUAUAUAAUUACUGAUGAUGAUGAAAAUAAUAAAACACUCGAACAAAACUAUUUAGAUCAUACACAUAGGAUUUAUAAAAACAGACGAACUAAACACUAUGCUCACGCCCCAAAAAUGGAACAAUAUUUUACCCAAAAUAAUGAAUAUAUUACAAAUGGGCAAAGACUUCAAUUAAAUAAAAUAAAAAAAAACGAACGUGAUACAAGAAUCAGAAAAACAAAUAGAAAUAAACUAUUAGCAGGAUCUAUAUUAAAUAACACUAAUCCUGAUGAUUCAAUCAUUACCAGAAAAAGAAAGACAAAAAAUCCCUCUCUUGCCAGAAUAUUAAAAUCAAAUAAUUAUCCAGAGUAUAGUAGCAAUUCUGAAAGCAAUGAAUGUUGUGUAAAAUUAGGAAAAAUUAUAUCUCAAAAUAAUAUAAAUGAAAAUGAUAAUGAUAAUGGAGAUGAUUGCGUACAAGUUGAAAAACGAGAAAUAGAAAAUUAUAAAAAAAAUAAAAAUCGUAUAUCUGAUGAUAAUCAAGGUUAUGAAAUCAAAAAAAAUAAAUAUAAAAAAAAAAAUAAUCCUAUUCAAGUAAUUUCAUCAAAUUAUCAUCCUAACAACACACAUAUAAAUACCACUUUCCCUUUGAAAACCCGUAAAAAAUCUCAAAAUAAUUAUACAAUAAAUGAAACAGACUUACAAUCGUCUACAAUAAAAAUGGCCACUGACAAAUUAUUACAAGAAAAGGAAGCAACAUGCGAAGAAAAUGAUAUUCAAAUGAAUACCAGAGGUAGAAGAUAUAAUUUUUCAAAGGAAUUUAAUCAAAAUUCGUCACCAAAAUCUCAAAUAAAUACCAAAGAAAAAAUACGAAAUAGAAGAAUAGAUAAAGAAAAACAACGAAUUAUAAAUGAACAUAUUACAAUAAGCAAAAAAAACAAAUUAUUAGGAAGAAUCAAAAUUUAUAUUACUCGAUAUAAAAUAUUAGAUAUAUCAAGGAUUAAAAAAAAAAUACCUACGGCAUCCAUUAAUGAUAUUAAUAAUGUAUUAAACAAUCUUAUUAACGAAAAUAUAAUUCAAAAAAAUGAAGAUAAUUCUUAUAUUUUUGUUAAAAAUAAAAACUCACAAAACAUUAAAAGCACAAGCAUACAAAAAAAUAGGGAUUUAAAUUAUCAAAAUGGUGAUGGGCACUUGCAAAAUGGCACUGAAGCUCAUAACACUUCGAUAAUGUUGGAUCAACAGAAAUUCAAUAUAUAUUCCACAAACAAUGAUGCAAAUUAUAUUGAUAAAUCUUCAAAUGAACAAAAUACUAUCUUCGAUAUUUCGAAAGAAAGUGAUACAAAGAAUUUAGAAAAACAGGGUAAGGAUAUAGACAAAACUAAAUAUCCUAUUUCUAAUGUUUAUGACAAUAGUAAGCAUGUAACUAAUCCGCCUAAUAAUGACAACCCAUCCUAUUUACCCACCAAUAAUUUGAACAAAUUAUCAAUGCAAAAAGGCAACACGAAUGAAAUCGCUAAAAUUGCAGAAAAUAACGAAUUGGAAGAAGCUGCUGAAAUUAAUAAUGACAUCCAAAAAUUGUAUGAUGACGUUUAUAGCUUAUGUCAAAAAACAAAAUACGUAAAUAAAGAAAUAAUUACAAAGGGACUUAGAAUAUACCCUUUACUAUCUAAGCCUUUAAUGAACAGAUUAAUGAAAGAAGGUGUCUUAAAAAAAAAACUUAUAAAAAACAAAGGAUAUGAAAGUAAUAUAUUUGUUCCAAUAGAAAACAUUUUUCAGGGAAAUAAAAGUUCAAAUUCAAACGAGAAUGUUUUAACAGAAAAUGAAAAUUUCCCUUCAAAGGAUUUUUGUGAUAAUAUAAAAGCUGAUUAA